GAACAGCCUGAAGCUAGAAUGUGAGAAACUCGCCAGUGAGAAGACAGAGAUGCAGCGGCAUUAUGUGAUGUAUUAUGAGAUGUCCUAUGGGUUGAAUAUAGAAAUGCACAAGCAGCAGUCAUGUAUGGAUGUGAGAGUUGGACUAUAAAGAAAGCUGAGCGCCGAAGAAUUGAUGCUUUUGAACUGUGGUGUUGGAGAAGAGUCCCUUGGACUGCAAGGAGAUCAAACCAGUUAAUCCUAAAGGAAAUGAGUCCUGAACAUUCAUUGGCAGGACUGAUGCUGAACCUGAAGCUCCAAUACUUUGGCCACCUGUUGUGAAGAACUGACUCAUUGGAAAAGACACACUGAUGCUGGGAAAGAUUGACGGCGGGAGGGGAAGGAAAUGACAGAGGAUGAGAUGGUUGGAUGGCUUCACCGACUUGAUGGACAUGAGUUUGAGCAAGCUCUGGGAGAUGGUAAAGAACAGGGAUGCCUGGCAUACUUUCGAACUUGGGGUCUCAACAAGUUGGACACCACUGAGCGACUGAACUGACUGAUCCUCUCCUACUGUGGGCACAAGGACUGUUUGUCCCUUUCACUAUUACCAAGAAUGAAAAUGCUUAAUCGCAGAGAUUGUCAAGAGGCUGAACGCUAUCUGUGCACAAGUCAUUCCUUUCCUGUCCCAAGAGCACCAGCAACAAGUGGUGCAGGCUGUGGAGCGGGCCAAGCAGGUGACCAUGGCGGAGCUGAACGCCAUCAUCGGGCAGCAGCAACUCCAGGCCCAGCAUCUAUCACAUGGACAUGGUCUGCCAGUGCCUCUGACCCCACACCCUUCGGGGCUUCAGCCUCCUGCCAUUCCGCCCAUCGGCAGCAGUGCCGGCCUCCUGGCCCUCUCCAGUGCCCUGGGAGGCCAGUCCCACCUUCCAAUUAAAGAUGAGAAGAAGCACCAUGACAGUGACCACCAAAGAGACAGAGACUCCAUCAAGAGCUCUUCGGUAUCCCCAUCAGCCAGUUUCCGCGGUGCUGAGAAGCACAGAAACUCCACAGACUAUUCCUCUGACAGCAAGAAGCAGAAAACUGAAGACAAGGACAUUGCAGCUCGUUAUGACAGCGAUGGUGAGAAGAGUGAUGACAACUUGGUGGUUGACGUUUCCAAUGAGGAUCCAUCAUCACCUCGAGGGAGCCCAGCACAUUCCCCGAGAGAGAACGGCCUGGACAAGACACGCCUGCUCAAGAAAGAUGCCCCCAUCAGUCCAGCUUCGAUUGCGUCCUCCAGCAGUACUCCUUCCUCCAAAUCCAAAGAACUUAGCCUUAAUGAAAAAUCUACUACUCCUGUGUCGAAGUCCAAUACCCCCACUCCACGAACCGAUGCACCCACCCCAGGCAGUAAUUCCACUCCCGGAUUGAGGCCGGUUCCCGGAAAACCGCCAGGAGUCGACCCCUUGGCUUCAAGCCUAAGGACCCCCAUGGCAGUACCUUGUCCAUACCCGACUCCGUUUGGGAUCGUGCCGCACGCGGGGAUGAAUGGGGAGCUGACCAGCCCCGGAGCUGCCUAUGCGGGACUACAUAACAUCUCCCCGCAGAUGAGCGCGGCUGCUGCUGCUGCGGCCGCGGCCGCCGCCUACGGGAGAUCACCAGUGGUUGGAUUUGAUCCACACCAUCACAUGCGUGUGCCGGCGAUACCUCCAAACCUGACAGGCAUUCCAGGAGGAAAGCCGGCAUACUCCUUCCACGUUACCGCAGACGGUCAGAUGCAGCCUGUCCCCUUCCCCCCGGACGCCCUUAUCGGCCCCGGCAUCCCCCGACACGCUCGCCAGAUCAACACCCUGAACCAUGGGGAGGUGGUGUGCGCAGUGACGAUCAGCAACCCCACGCGACACGUGUACACGGGUGGGAAGGGCUGCGUCAAGGUCUGGGACAUCAGCCACCCUGGCAACAAGAGCCCCGUCUCUCAGCUCGACUGUCUGAACAGGGAUAACUACAUCCGUUCCUGCCGAUUGCUCCCUGAUGGUCGUACCCUAAUUGUGGGAGGGGAAGCCAGUACCCUGUCCAUCUGGGACCUGGCGGCUCCCACCCCGCGCAUCAAGGCAGAGCUGACGUCCUCGGCCCCCGCCUGCUACGCCCUGGCCAUCAGCCCCGACUCGAAGGUCUGCUUCUCCUGCUGCAGCGACGGCAACAUCGCCGUGUGGGACCUGCACAACCAGACGCUGGUGAGGCAGUUCCAGGGCCACACGGACGGGGCCAGCUGUAUCGACAUCUCCAACGAUGGCACCAAGCUGUGGACAGGCGGCUUGGACAACACGGUCCGGUCCUGGGACCUGCGCGAGGGGCGGCAGCUGCAGCAGCACGACUUCACCUCCCAGAUCUUUUCUCUGGGCUACUGCCCAACUGGAGAGUGGCUGGCCGUGGGGAUGGAGAACAGCAACGUGGAGGUGCUGCACGUCACCAAGCCGGACAAGUACCAGCUCCACCUGCAUGAGAGCUGCGUGCUGUCUCUCAAGUUCGCCCACUGUGGCAAAUGGUUUGUAAGCACGGGAAAGGACAACCUUCUGAAUGCAUGGAGAACACCUUAUGGGGCCAGUAUAUUCCAGUCCAAAGAAUCCUCAUCGGUGCUCAGCUGUGACAUUUCUGUGGAUGACAAAUACAUUGUCACUGGCUCUGGGGAUAAGAAGGCCACGGUUUAUGAAGUUAUUUAUUAAGGACAAAUCUUCAUGCGGAAUGGACUCCUUCUCCUUGUAGCACUUUUUUCUCUCAUCCUUCUGUUCCCCCGCAUCCAAAACCAAGGAUUUCCUAUUACUCAUUGCAGUUGUGGAGUCAGCCCCUCCUCCCCUACUUCCUCCCUGCUAUUGAAUUGUGAAUACUCAUUAAGAACCUGUGAUAUCAAAAUCUUCAGUUAUCUACUUGGAAGAUCAUGGAUAACCCUACUUAACAGUGAAAGGAAUCUUUAAUUAUGUAUUAUAUCUGUAAUAUAUUUAUUUUGUUUAAAGAAGGCUUUCUAACAAUGACUGACUAAAUAAAGCUGUCUGUUCCUGCAUUGGUAAUGAAGAUGCGUUGUACUUGAUACCCGUCCCCCCCUUUUUUUGGCAAAGGAGGGGAAAGGAAGGUUUAAAAUAACUGAUUAAAAAUGUCACUAAAUGUAGACUAAUGACUGUAUAGAGAUGUGAAAUGUAUAAUUACAUAUGGAAGCAAUAUGUUGCUGUGUUGUUAGAUUUUUUGUUUUUGUUUUUACAUAUUUUAAAAAAUGUUCAGAAAUUUAAACAAUUAGAAUGUGACAGACCACAUCAUAUUCAUUUGAGUCUAUUCGGACAACUUUAACAAAUAUAUCUAUAGCUUUAGAUUAUACUCGAUAAAAGUACUUGGACUUUUUCUUUUUUUUUUCUCUUUUUUUGACUUGUUGACAAGUGUCUUUGUAAUAUGUUUUUAAUUCCUUUUUUAUUGUAUAAUAGACAGAUGAACAAAUCAAAUUUGGCCUAAAAGGGAGAACUUAAUCCCUUCUGGAUAUUUUUGCCACAUUUCUUUGCAAAGGGAGAUGUAUGCCUUUGGGCAGUUUUGUCUAAGAGAAAUUAGGGGCUAUUUUUUGGCAUGUUCUUUGGGAAUGGCACAGAUCCAGGGGAGGAGUCCUCCCACUGUGCAGGUCAGGUCUUUUACAAGACAAGGACAGCAGAGGAGGAUUUGCAAGGGCCUUCCUCUGAAAACCAGGAAGAAUGGACUCUCACCUGGGAUGAGGACUUGCUUUCUUUACCUCCGGUUCUUUCCAUGUCUUAGUUGGAUGUCCCCGAAAUGGACACAGGCUGUGCCGUUGUGCCAGAAACAUUGUUGUUAUCUUUUAUGUUGUUGUUGUUGUGUUAAACUAUGAUAUGUGACUCCUUUUUUUAAUUAUUAUUAUUUUGUUCGAAUGCUUUAAAAAAAUCUUUUAAGUCUGUGGAUCUGCUGAUGUACAGUGCCUUUGCUGCUAUGGAUCAAAAUCAAGAGAACUGUGUAGAUAAACUUUAUUGUAUAAGUAGAAAAUUACUUAAUUUCAUACUAGAAAUGGAUGGAUGCUGCAAGUUGAAACGGACUGUCCAUUGACGUUCCUAAUGUGGUAGCAGAAAACAAAAUGGUGUCUUAAGUGCUUCGUGUUUGAUGUCAUUAACAGUUUCGUAAAACUCUACAGUGUAGAAAGAUUUUGAUACUAAACUGUGCAUUGUACAUAGUUCUAAUGCAUUGUAUUGACCACCAGUACUUCUAUAAUGGUAGAUUGUUUGUGCAUUCAGACUUUUAAGCAUUAAACAUAAGUAACUUCUA